UGGUCAGACACAUUAGGUUUAUACCCACAAAGUAUCACGUUUAUAAGAUACUUCGUGUUGAAGCUUAUGGUGUUCGCAGAGGUUUGUCGUGCAGCUCUCUACUAGUUGGUAUUGGUAGUGGUAAGAUACCAGACAGUGAUAUGACGUCAUCAACAGCUUACAACAGCACCACGUCACCAUCCAAGGCAAGACUAAACUACACAGCAGGGUCAUCAUGGUGUGCUGCUACAAGUGACUCUUCUCCAUAUCUACAGAUUAACUUAGGAUCACCUUACAUCAUUUGUGGUAUAGCAACACAGGGUGACCACAUGACAGAUCAGUGGGUACAGUCUUACAACAUGCUCACAUCAAAUGACGGAUCUACUUUUACUAAAUACAUGGAAAACAGCCAAGUGAAGUCCUUUGCUGGUAACUUCGAUUCUAAUACUACAGUCAAGAAUCUCUUGUAUGAUGRUACUGUUAGUCAGUACAUAMGUGUUGCAUCCAMRAGUCAUUAUGGGAGUACAAGCUGCAUGAGAACAGAACUCUAUGGAAUAAAACACGAUGGAGGUUGCAAAUCAAUGUUCGUUGGUUUGUCAUACCCUAGUAUCVUMCCAGAYCACAGGUUUACUGCCAGUUCUUCAUAUGGCGGAAAUUACAUACCAAGCAAUGCUAGGCUGAAAACAUCUGAUAAAGCUUGGACACCAAAAACAAAGUCUGGUGGUGACUGGCUGCAGAUAGAUCUCGGUUCUGUGGUGUUCGUGUGUGCAGUAGCUACACAAGGUGCUGGGGCUCUUAAUGAUGAGUGGAUAAAAUCAUACAAGAYRAAAGUGUCMUURGAUAAUGUGAACUGGGAUWAUUACCAGGAAAAUAAUAUUAACAAGACAUUUACUGGCAAUAUCAAUCGCGAUGGAGUUGUGACAAACAGUCUCAAUCCAAUCAAAGCUAAGUAUGUUCGAUUCUAUCCAUUAACAUUUAACGCAUGGCCGUCCAUGAGAGUAGAGGUGUUUGGCAUAUCAUCAGCUUGCAGCUUUCCUGUUGGACUCGAAGUACCUGGMRUCAUUCAARACAUYCARAUGACGGCAUCAUCUCACCUUGACAACACCCAUACUGCAUYACAUGGUCGUCUCUAUGGCAGCAGCGCMUGGUGUAGUAGCACGUCRUCUAAYACUCAGUACAUACAGAUUAACYUGGGACAAGUGAUGACAGUGACMGGUAUAGCAACACAGGGUGACCACACCAUGGAUAAGUGGGUGAAGACCUACACUAUCAGAUAUAGUAUGGAUGGUAAUCUGUGGAAAACCUACAAAGCUGGAAGCAACAGUGAUAAGAUACUCGAAGGAAAUACUGACAAGGAAAAUGUAAGAGGGCAAUGGCUGAGUCAUCCACUAACAGUCAGACAUAUUAGAGUUACUCCACAGACAUGGAAUACUACUAUAUGUAUGAGAAUAGAACUGUAUGGAUGUGACUAUGGUAAGUACAGACAUGGAAUACUGCUAUAUGUAUGA